CAAUAUAGUUAAAUUUGUAUUUUUUGUGCGAGAGGCUUCAAAUCCUUUGGUUUAUGUAUCAUCCAAAUGAUCACAUCUUGUGUGUGUGUGCGUGUUUGGAUUUUCAAUUACUUGAGCUCAUUAAUUGUUGUAUGGAUUUACGAUUACUUGAGCUCAUUAAUCGUCAAAAUGGUUAAAUUUAUGUUUUUGUGUGGGGGGCUUCAAAUAAAUUGAUCCGUGGAUUAUCCAAAUAAUUACAUUUGUUGGGGGGUAUUCUCUAGGUUGUGAUAGGUACUAGCAAAUAAUUCUGUAAAUGGUGCCGGGUCUGGUAUGCUAGCAGGAAUGUGGAGGUUUAAUCAUUCAUUGGAUGCUUGCGUGGAUAAAAUUCUAGGACGUGAUUGGGAUCACAUGAAGUUGGGUUUGGCAGGCAUAAUCAUGAAGAGGCAUAUGUAUAAUCCAUCAUGUGUGAAACUUUUGAGUAAACAUAUGUACCCAGAGGAGGUAUUCAAUGACGUGAAUCCUGAUCGUGCUUUCACAUUAUGGCGGUUCCGGAACAUGUAUGUAGAGGGAAAUGAUGUUCAAAAGUUCCAAUACAGUAAAGUCGAAAAUUAUAAAAACUCCACCGCAAAGGAGCAGCCCAAGCAAAUCAUCAGCAGCCAGGGCAGUGAGAUGAUCGCAGAUCCUCUGGAUUGCAUCUUUGGUGAUUUGGAAAGUGGCAAGGAAAUCUCUCAUUCAAACAAUGUCAGCAAGCGAUCUAGAAGAAGACUACGUGGCCAUAAGAGAGCUCAUCGCCAUUACCAUCAUCAUCAUCGUGAGGCUAACCAAAUGUAAAAUUUUUGUCACACGUGACAUCAAAGUGACCGCUGGAAUAUUCCUCAUUUUCUUUCAAUUUCUCAUGUCUCAUAUGGUGUGCUACUUCUGCUGAUUGUUUUACAAGGGAAGUACCCGAUGGUACUGAGGAAAUUCUGAAUUAACUAAGAAAAAAAGCCUGAUAUUUUGUGAAAUCCCCAAAUAUUCUGAAUUUUAAAUCUUGAGAUAUGUGUGAAGGUUCAAGGUGAAUCACUGAUUUUGCCAUGCAUUUAAAGAUCUUUAUGGGUUGUGAAAUACUUACUGGAAGAGAAGAUGGUGCUUGUUUAAGUGCAACCAAAGCUACAGUAGAGAGGGAGAAGUGAUGAGAUGAUAUUAGCUUAUGGUUAGAUACAGUAGAAUUUUAGUUGUAUUGUAUUUAUAAAUUUUUGUAAUUUUGUAUUUGAAGAUACAAGAAAGUGUCUUGUUUGAUGUAUUUGGAGUGCUAGAUUAUCGGACUUUGUGCUUGGUGAGAGAGAGUUUUAGAUUUGAAUUUGAUAAACAUAUAUUUAAUGGUGAAGUUACUUCAUUCUCUGUGA